CCGGCGGCGGGAGCGGAGCGUCCCGCUGCCCGCGGAGGUGCCGGUGGUUCGCGGCUCCCGGUCGGGUUCGGGCGGCAUGGAGAACGCGGGGCUGGGAGUCGUGGUGCCGCUGCUCGGUUGCCUUCUCUCCGCGGCAUCCAGCACACGUCCAGAGUGCAGCAUCAUGCAGGAGAUCGAAGAGGAGCGCAGCCAGUGCUUGGCAGAACUUAUUGGGGAUAACCAGACGUCAGGUUGCAGAAGGCAGUGGGACAACAUCACGUGCUGGCCUGAAGCGGAGGUGGGAGAGGUUGUGGUACGGCCGUGCCCGAAGUACUUCAGAUUCCUCACCACCUUUCUCGGGAACGUGACCAGGAAUUGUACAAGCCAGGGCUGGACGGACGUGUACCCUGCACCGUAUGCCGUAGCUUGUGGAUAUGAUUCCAACAGCACUCCAGGGGAAGAGCAAACGGCGUUCUAUGGCACAGUCAAGACUGGCUACACCAUUGGACAUACUUUAUCGCUCAUUGCUCUCACGGCUGCUAUGAUCAUUUUAUGUCUCUUCAGAAAACUACACUGUACUCGAAAUUAUAUUCAUAUGCACCUCUUCAUGUCCUUCAUAAUGAGAGCUAUCGCAGUCUUCAUAAAAGAUGUCAUCCUAUUUGAAAGUGGAGAAUCUGAACACUGCUUUGUGAGUUCAGUAGGCUGCAAAGCCAUGAUGGUUUUCUUCCAGUACUGCGUCAUGGCCAACUUCUUCUGGCUCCUGGUGGAGGGGUUGUAUCUUCACACGCUGUUGGUCAUCUCCUUCUUUUCAGAGAGGAAGUACUUCUGGUGGUACAUCUUGAUUGGCUGGGGUGCCCCUUCCGUGUUUAUCACUGCUUGGACCAUUGUCAGGAUUUACUUUUUCGAUGUUGGGUGCUGGGAGGAAGUAGUGGAAUCCCCAUUCUGGUGGAUCAUUAAAACUCCUAUUUUGGUGUCUAUUUUGGUGAACUUCAUUCUCUUCAUUUGCAUCAUCCGUAUCUUAGUCCAGAAGUUGCAUUCCCCAGACAUUGGACACAAUGAAACCAGCCAGUAUUCGAGGCUGGCCAAGUCUACCUUGCUGCUGAUCCCUCUCUUUGGCAUUCACUACAUCAUGUUUGCUUUCUUCCCCGACAAUUUCAAAGCAGAAGUUAAGCUGGUCUUUGAGCUCGUGGUUGGGUCGUUCCAGGGAUUUGUGGUGGCUGUUCUGUACUGUUUUCUCAAUGGGGAGGUCCAAGCUGAGCUCAAGCGAAAGUGGCGGAGGUGGCAUCUGGAGCGGUUCCUGGGCUCGGACAUGAAGUAUCACCACCCUUCCUUAGGCAGCAACGGCACCAACUUCAGCACCCAGAUCUCCAUGCUGACCAAGUGCUCACCAAAGACACGCCGGUGCUCUGGCUUCCAGGCCGAAUUCUCUCUGGUGUGAUGGGGAGAUGCUCUCCGAGCACUGAGCAUCCAAGAGAGAAACUGAGAGACAGAAGGAUCCCCAGGAAUCAGCGAUACGAUGACAAAUCCUUGUGAAAUGACAUGCUCCUCAUGAGCCAACAGAGGACACAAAACUGGAAAAGCCGCUGGCAUCCAGAACAAGAUCAGACAAGCCAAGAGGCAGAGAAAUACUUUUCUUCUCCCUCUUUUCAGACCUUUCACUCUUACGUUUCAAGCCCUCAGGGGUUGAUAACUAUGAGUAAAGGUCUGGUCACUUGAGGAGAGCCUGGGAGAUCCUGAUGUGUCAUAAAUAAUGAAGUAGGAUGUAAGGGAGGGGAAGGCCCGAGUCCUUGGUGGCUUUACCAGAACCGGCAUCUCUGAAACAGAUACAUUGCACUUUUUAAAAAAUGAGCCAGUAAAGGAGAGAGGGAGGCAAGUAGCAGGGGGGAAAAAAAAAAAAAUGCCAAACCUAUGAAUGUGCCAAAAGUCCCGUUAAUAAGAGGUGGUGAUAAGGCACCGAAGACAGAGUUGGGGACACGGGGAGAAGGGACAGGAGGAAGAGGAUCGGGAAGGGGAGAGGCCAGCACACGGCCCCUGCCUCUGAGUUUUACACGUGUGAAGAUGAAGCUGCAGCACCAGGAAGGCCCCUCAGAGGAUGCCCCAGUGCUGCAGGGUGUUCUGCUAAAUUGCCCACUCCCCUUGUUAACAAAAGCUUUCCAAGCACCCUUGGGUGCCCUCUGGAAAAGCAGGUCACUGAGAAGGAACAGCAUGAGUGCCCUUCUCUGCGCUGUGUUCAUGACAUCGUGUUUUGUUUGGUUGUUUUCGAUGAACAGGAAACUCAAUUUGCAUGUAUAAAAACCAGGUACAGAUGCCAAAAGCAGAGCACGGCUGUGUUUUUCAUUCUUUUUGAGUUUGCCCAUAGAUCUUGGUGCAUUAACGCACCCAGGAUCAUCAGGGAUCAGGGGAAAACAAUUGGUCUGUAAUUCAUUUGCACUUGCUUAGCACACACUGCCAGGAAAGGGAGAUGUAGAACCCUGUAAUCCUUAAUUGAAUCAGACCUGCCAUAAGGAGCCACUCUCCAGAUGAAAAAAUUAGCGUCACAGCAGCAAACAGAAUUGCUUUCAUCAGAACAAGGUUGUCUCAGCACGUAACUGGCACUCCAGGAGUCAGGAAGGAGUGAAGGAGCUAUUAAAUUGAUUUCUUCUUCAGCUUUUGCGAGGAGCUUUCAUCCUAUGAUGAAGGCAUUGUUAGAUCUUUAAGAUGUGCAUGUGUAUUUUACCUCUUUUCUGAAGGCCUAUUAGUUUCCAUAUAGGGGCAAUCCCUAUUUGAUGAACGCACAUAGAUCCUGUUAAAAUCAAGGGAAUAGUUAUUUCUUUUCUUUCCUUUUCUUGGCGGAGGGGCGAAGGAGAGGUGUGGAACCAAACCCUGCUCAGACAUGGCAGGCUGGUGGCUCGCAGAGCAUCACACGCAGCUCACGCUCCCAGGCCCUGCGUUUGAGACCUUCCCCGCAAUCCCAAACUCAGUCAGAAGACAGCCAACACAAGGAUGAGGAUGCUCGCGUUUGUGUCCCACCCAACUGCGUCAAAUGGGGUUGCACCAGUUUUACACUGGGGUUGGGAAAUCCCUGCCCAGCUCACGUGUACACUUAGUAAUUGGGCUGCUGUCAUCCUACUAUAACAUGUCAUAGCGCUGUCCUCAUGAAGGAGAGUCUGGGUCACCAAUGCAUGUACGUGGAAAGGAAGGUGGGCUCCUCUUUUGGAGUUCAGAGAUCAAAACUUAUCCACCUUAUCUAACAGCACCUGGACUUCUUUUUCUUCAUAAUGAAAUGUAGUUCAUUGAAAGGGAAGCAUCUUUAACUUGGUGGGUUUGGGGUUUGUUUUGCUUGCUUGUUUGCUUGCCUUAAGCAUCUGUGAUUCACUGCAAACAAAUGACACUGAGCCCAGGAGGAGAGUUUGCAGAUCUGGACAUCCAGUUCCUUUCUCAGUUCUGAGAGGGCAGUUGUUCCAUGCUGUAACCUUCCCCAGAGCUAUACCUGUUAUCAUCUGAGCUCGAUGCUUCCAGAGUAUUUCUCCACGUGGGGGACUGAGAAAAGCGUAGAGGACUGAAGUCAAUAAAGGGCAUGAGAUACCCUGAUACAACUGCCGUGAAGGGUAGACCCAUGCAGUCAUGGGUUUUCAGUGAGCUAGCUCAGAUGCUGUCACAGUGUAGCCAUGGCUACCCAGCCUGCAAAACCUGAGAGGAUAGGUAGAUAUUGUGAAGAUAGUCAUAAUGAGCUCCAUGGUCCUGGAAUUAAAGUGCUGAUGAGACCCCAGGCUAGCCAGGUGCAAGCCAUCUUUGUUAUGGCUGUGUUACACUGCAACCAUAUCAUUAGCAGUUAGAAUCCAACACCGAUGUGCCAUAAGAAUAUCAAAAUCCUCUCUUAGCAGCUCUCUAAUUCCCCAAAUCCAGAGAAACCAAGAGUGUGCUUAAAAUUUCCCCAUGUUGCUUGCACUGAAGCCCUUACGCCCUGACACCCCAGGAGCAAGGUUCCCAUUGAAAUCUCCGUGAGGUUCUCGGAGGCAAGGACUCUCUUUGUGUUUGGUGCUGGUGCUGCUCUGGUGAGUGCUUUCAGACCUGGAUUAGGACUCACACAGAAGAUGCCGGAGAAUUCCCACCAGUACCACCAAUUCUUCUCCUGUGCUUGGUUCAAAGCAAGGAUUUGACCUAGCUCUGCAUUUCACCAGGUGAAUGGCUAGCUGCAAGGAAACCCAGAAGCAGCAAGGGAAAGCUCGCUCUCAGCUUCCAAGUUGUUCCCCUUGGCGUGAAAUGCUUCCUCUCACUGAUUCAGAGUUUGGAAGCAACAUCAGUCUGGGAAAGAUUUGAUUCAUCAGGCUGCAAAGUCAUUCACCCUCUUUAUUUGUCAUCAUCGCUAUUUAUGCCCAACAAAAUGGGUGGGCUGCAGAGGAGCACUGCCUAAUCUUAAUGCAUCCACUGUGGUGCCUAAUAUGUGAACUUAUAUCCCAGGUAAGCAAAGGAGGAGUUUGAGCACAGAGUUGGUGAGCACGAGUGAAGCACCACUGCCAGCAACCUCCUUUGGGAGGUGUGAGGGAAACCUUUCCCAUCUGUUUUAGACAGCCUUGCUGGGGCAGAAGGUCAAUAUCUGUGAGCCAUGAGCAGUGAGAAACCUUGUGCAUUUUCACGCUGUUGUUCUUCACCUUCCUUUUCCUCUCCCUGUGCUUGUAACUCCAUCUGCAGGAGGGACCUUCUGCUUUGCAUUUACAGCUUCUUUUCCAUUUCAGCCCUGUGCUAACCUGUGCCAGCAUCAACCAUAUGCCAAAGGCAGCAGGAAUGGGCUUGCCUUUUAGAGACAUGACAGGGAAAAAUUUGACUGAUUAUUUACCGACGCCACAGGGCCUUCUGCAGCCCUUGAGAUGCAUCACCAGACUAUUCUGCACGGGAGCCUGAAGAUAGGAUGUAACUGAAACUGAGGGGCUCCUUCAAAAAACGUUGACUACAUUAGCAUGCCGGGAACAGUGCCCCCAGGCACCCUACUUGCAAUUAUUUCAUCACCGAACAUGCAGCCACAUCGCCAUUAUGCUGUCAAGGGUGUUUGAGAGAUUAAAUGAAUCUGCUGAAUAUACCUGCUGUGACAGGCAUGGCAAUAUCAGCGAUGCAGGCAGUGCAGAGCUGCCAGCCCACCUGCGUUGGCCUCGUAUUUCAGGAGAACAGAGGAGUCAGUGGUGAAAUCAGAGCUUUUCACUCUGGGGAUAUGAGCAAUCAAGUGAACGAUGACACUCGGAUCAGGUCCUCAUUUAAGUGGCUUAGUGCAGGAAUUUGGCUCAAUAACUUGGCCUCCUCUACUCUGUUUUUCAUCCAACUCAUCAAUAAAACAGACUUCAAGGACCUCACUGCAACCCCAAACUGCGUUGUCCUGAAUCCGUGCAGAAUACACGAUGCAGUGCUCAGGACUGCUGCUGUCGCUCGCAAAGCAUCAGUCUGACCCCCUUAACUCUGGUGUAAGACAGGAAUGACUCCAGUGAAGGCAACUGCAUUAAUUUUCUGCAAAAUAAGAUUAAGAGGCAUACCUGGUUGUGUUAGGCUUUUAGAUACGUUUGAGGAUCAUGAAUUUAGAUUCCAAAACUCUAUACAGAAAUGAGGCCAAAUUCUGAUCCCACUUGCACCAAUCAGUUCAUUUCAGUGACUCCUGAAUUACACCACAACUGGAAUUUGCCUUCAGAAUAAUUCCUUUAUCUUCAGCCUGGAACUGUUUACACCCUUUUUAUACCACUGAGACAUCAAACCCCUCCUGUUAAUUAGUCACUCUCUAUUUCAGUGAUUAAACUAUUAAACAAUUAUUAGUAAGUAUGGAACAAUUAAAAUUAAAUUAUUUUCUCAAGGUCUAGAGGUACAAGGUUCAAUGCUAACAUUAGACUGUAGAUAAUUUCUAUUCAACUGGGGCCUAUAUUGCUCUGUGGCCCUCUCAUAAGGAGCAAUAAAUGAGAAUAUGACCAUGUUUAGGGUUUAAAAAUGAGCAGUAAAGAAAUUCUAGGCUGUUGCAGAAUUUCAGGGCAUUAAGUUGAACUUAGUUGUUAAAAUCAGAGAUAUAUAUGCAGCAGCAUCAUAAAAAGCCCAGGAGACAAAACACCUGAUUUUUUUUUUUUUUUUUUUUUUUUCCCCUAGGAAGCAGUUAUAUUUUUUCUCCAGGAAGGUGUUACUGGAGAAAAAAUGUUUUGUACAUUAACUAAUCAGCAGAUUUACUUCUUUCUCAAUAUCCCGCUUGGUUCCCGUUCAGCUCAGAAGCAAUGAGUCGGGGUGGUGUCCGUGUCACAGGGCUGUGUGAGCGAAGGGAUUAAAACCAAAUCUCUGCUCCAGUCUGAUGGAAACACUUUCAGAGAGAGAUGCACCUGCUGAUUAUCAAAAGACUGCCAGUGGUUUUUAAAAAGCAAAAUGAAGUUCCAAAGCUUAGGAGUGAACAUCGCUUGGCUCCGUGGCAGGGAUUAAAGGCGUUUGGUGGGAUUAUUUUGUCUCCAUUCCUUCCACCUUCACCACAGUGUUUUUAAACAAGGGUUUCUGCAGGAAAUAUGAAAUAUUUUCAGACUAAAAGGGAACCUCUCAAACUUGGAAAUGUCAAUAUGUGUCUUUGUGAAGCUAAUUUUAUUCUGUCCGCACAAGUUCAGCUUGGUUUCAUAAAUGGCCUAUGGAAAUCCAUGUGGUAUCAGAAGCAAGGAGACUGAGAAGCAAUCUUUCUUCUCUGGAAGAUGAAUCUGGGUUUAACACCAAAGCCCAGGUAAAACAUGUUCCCUCCCCGCUGUGUCCCAGCCUCUCUGCUUUCAGGUAGGGCGUUUAGCUGAAGAAAUGAUCUUGACUGGCGUGUUGACACUGGGGUGCUUCCCCCCAAGGCAUCUCUGCACCAGUGAAUGUGCCAAACUCUUGGAGACAAGGACUGCGGUCCUGAGCUCCCUGACUCGCCAUGCAGCUUUGCACUUUUCCCACACCGAUGCUUACGGUGGCAAGGACCGUAAUGCUUCUUGAUUGUAGUUGACCCUCGAAGAGCAGGAGGCUCUUGGCCUCAUCUAUACCCGUAUCAAUUUGGAAUGACUCUGCUGGUAUCAUUCUGGAACUAAACUGGUGUAAUAGGGAAAAUGAUUAAGUCCCCGACUGGCACGUGGAGUCAGCUGUCCCAAAAUCUGGAACAGCAUGGAUUUCAAUCCAUUUUCUUUCAGUCAGUCAACUUUUCACCCCUUCCCCAAACCCCGUAUUUACAUACCAGGCUGAUGAGGUAUAAUUACAAUGACUGAUCUUGUUAUUUCCCCUGGAGAUCCGUACAGUUGUAAAGUAUGGCUUUUAGGAAUUAGGAGUUUCCUGGGCCCAUGGACCGUCUCUUCCACCGCCUACUGUCUGAACGUCCUAACUCCUUGUUUGCUUGCAUGGUGUUGUGCUAUAUACUGAAGAGCCCUGGGUUUGAAACCCUGGUUAUUUCUAGUCUAGUGUGAAAUCACAGGGAAGAAGACAAAUAUUGGGACUGGAAACUACGUAACAGGUCUGUAAGGGAAAUAAUGCCCAUUUGGUUCUGAGGGCCAGGCCUUUAGGACACGCAAAUUGGCAUCAGCAGAGCACUAGUGUUUUAUACCCCAGUUUUGUGGAUAUUGUAAAUUUGUACAUAGAAUAAAUCUGAACAGCACAUUUAAAAAAACAAAAACAAAAACCAACAUACUUUUGAUACAAUGAUGAUGAUAAAUUAAGUUCGAAGAGGCGCUUUUGAAUUCAAAAGUGCAUUUUGCAAACACCUCAAGCUGUUGUUCAGUAGCUGGUGCCAACUGACUCUUCUCACUCAAACUGUAAGCACCUCUGCUCUGCCCUUCUGUAAAUAGGCUUUGACAGCAAAGAGUGAUGAAAACUGGCUGUGAACAGAGAAUCACUGUCUCUGUGGACUUCUAUGUACCUAGGUGCUUGUGAUGUAUUCUUCAUGCCAGUGAGAACAGGCCGGCUUGCUCAGCACAGGUGAAGUCUCCGCCUUGUUUCAUGGCCUUUUGCCCAAUGUUAUUUAUUUUGUUCUGACUCUGUACAUAUGCAAUGAAUUGGCUAUUUUUUUCCUUUGUAUUUGGUUCAUCUCCUUGCUUCAGAGGAGGUUCUUCUCUGUGGUUGACACUGCUGAAAACAAGCAAUAAAACCAUCGUGAAGACAUUGCGUCUAA